GCGGUCGCUAUCCAUAAAGUUGUUGUUCUGCCAACAUGGCGGCGCCCAUGGUGACUGAUCGGGCCGUGUUUGCCUAAGGGCCUUCCCAACUUCUGAAGAAUGGCGUCUGCUUGGCAGAGACUGGGUUUCUUUGCCUCACUGCUGAAAAGGCAGCUAAGUGGUGGGCCAGAUGUCCUCAGCUGGGGAAGGAGGGUGAUUCCAGGAUGUACCAGAGGUAUUUACAGCGCCACGGGACAGUGGGUGAAAGAGUAUACGUUGCAGACAAGAAAGGAUGUUGAGAAAUGGUGGCAUCAACGAAUAAAAGAACAAGCCUUGAAAAUUUCAGAAGCUGAUAUGUCAAAGCCCAAGUUCUACGUGCUGUCCAUGUUCCCUUACCCUUCGGGCAAGCUGCACAUGGGCCAUGUGCGCGUCUACACCAUCAGUGACACCAUUGCACAGUUCCAGAAGAUGAGAGGGAUGCAGGUCAUCAACCCCAUGGGAUGGGAUGCAUUUGGACUGCCUGCCGAAAAUGCUGCGAUUGAGAGGAAUCUACAUCCAGAAAGUUGGACACGAAGUAAUAUUAAAUACAUGCGGAAACAGCUGGAUCGACUGGGCCUGUGUUUCAGCUGGGAUAGGGAAGUAACGACGUGUUUACCCGAUUACUACAAGUGGACUCAGUACCUCUUCAUUAAACUCUACGAAGCUGGACUGGCCUAUCAAAAGGAGGCCUUGGUUAACUGGGACCCAGUGGAUCACACAGUGCUUGCCAAUGAGCAGGUGGAUGAACAUGGCUAUUCGUGGCGUUCCGGAGCAAAGGUGGAACAGAAGUACCUCAGACAGUGGUUCAUUAAGACAACUGCUUAUGCCAAGGGACCCCAGCGGACUGGCGGCCACAGGUCUUUGCUCUCGUUUUCAGAUUGCCUCACGCCUGUGACCGCUGUGAACUUGCUCACCCAGCAGGAGGUCCCUGUUGUUAUCUUGGCCAAAGCUGACUUUGAGGGCUCACUGGAUUCAAAAAUAGGAAUUCCCAGCACCAGCUCAGAGGACACCACCUUGGCCCAAGCCCUGGGCCUGUCCUACUGCGAAGUCAUCGAAAGGAUGCCUGAUGGCACAGAGAGACUGAGCGGCUCCGCUGAGUUCACAGGUAUGAACCGGCAGGAUGCGUUUCUAGCCUUGACUCAGAAAGCCCAGAGGAAGAAAGUGGGUGGAGAUGUGACAAGUGACAAACUGAAGGACUGGCUGAUCUCAAGGCAGCGGUACUGGGGCACACCCAUCCCCAUGGUGCACUGCCCGGCCUGCGGCCCCGUACCUGUGCCCCUGGAGGACUUGCCCGUGACCUUACCCAGCAUCACAUCUUUCACUGGCAAGGGAGGCUCCCCACUGGCCACGGCCUCCGAGUGGGUGAACUGCUCCUGCCCCAGGUGCAAAGGGGCAGCCAAGAGAGAGACAGACACGAUGGAUACCUUUGUUGAUUCUGCUUGGUACUACUUCAGAUACACCGACCCUCAGAAUACUCACAGCCUGGCCUGGCAUGGACCCCCGGUGGAUUUAAAGAUGGAGCCGCUAGAAGCUGCUGCUCUGCUGCGCUCCCUGAAACAAGCCCCGUACAGGGAGCGUCUAUAUUGCUCUUUCCUUCAUGCUUUGAAUCCCUACCCCACCAGUUUUCUUUUCCUGUUAUCUCUUCUCAGAGAGCCUUUUCACAAGCUGCUAGCCCAAGGCCUUAUCAAGGGGCAGACAUUCCGCCUACCAUCUGGUCAGUACCUACAGAGAGAGGAAAUAGAUCUCACAGGUUCCGUGCCUGUUCACGCAAAGACGAAAGAGAGGUUGGAGGUGACGUGGGAGAAGAUGAGCAAGUCCAAACACAACGGCGCGGACCCCGAGGAGGUGGUUGGCCAGUACGGCGUCGACACGGUCCGGCUCUACCUCCUUUUUGCCGCCCCUCCCGAGAAGGAUAUCCUGUGGGAUGUGAAGACCGAUGCUCUCCCUGGUGUGCUGAGAUGGCAGCAGCGGCUGUGGACCUUGGCAACCCGAUUUAUUGAGGCCAGGGCUUCUGGGAAGGUUCCCAGGCCUCAGCUGCUGAGCAACAAGGAGAAAACAGAAGCCAGGAAGCUCUGGGAGUACAAGAACACGGUCAUCUCUCAGGUCAGAGGCUUACCAGGGGACACUGGGCACGUGUCUGCGUGGCCCACCUUCUCUUGGGGCGGGUCCCUGUGGGGCUUCAUCCUUCCUUGUCAUGGUGGAGCCAAAGAACCGACAUUCUCGUGGAAGGACUUGCUGUCAGGAGAUGGCUGUCUCCAUAUGAGUCUCAGUAGGAUCCUUUCUGAGGAACAAGCCAGAAGCUCCCUCCCGCCUCUGCCCACGGGCACAUCUGUUAGAAACGGAGUAGGUUCGCUAGUAAAAGCUCAGGGUCCAGGGGGCCAGCGGGGCCCAGGAGCACGUCUUCUAUACCACUCCAUCCCCAGACCCGGUUGCGUCCCUCAGAUUGACUGCAUCACGGGGUUACAACGCCUGGCGCUGGUGCCUAAGAAGCUGUGCGCCCACUACGCCUGGGACGCCGGCGUGCUGCUCCAGCCGUGGCCAGCCGUGGACCCCCAGUUCCUGCAGCAGCCCGACGUUGUGGAGAUGUUGGUUUUGAUCAACAACAAAGCCUGCGGCAAAAUCCCUGUGCCCCAGCAAGUCGCCCAGGACCAGGACAAAGUGCAUGAACUUGUUCUCCAAAGCGAGCUGGGUGUCAGGCUCCUGCAGGGCCGAAGCAUCAAGAAGGCCUUCCUGUCCCCCAGAACCGCCCUCAUCAACUUCCUGGUGCAGGAGUGACUGCCGAGGGGCUGUGGCUUCCACAGGGGCCUCUGAGGAACCUCCUUCCAGGCCGGGGAUGGAGAAGGUGCUGGCCCGUAUUCUAACAGAUUGGCAUCCGUAGUGUGCUCCAUGGUGUGACCUGGUGCAGGUGUGAGGGUGGGUGUGGGCAGAGGAGAACUAUGAGCACCGCGGGAGGGGGGCGGCAGCCGGCCUCCUGCCCAUUUUGGGGUGAAGGAAGCCAUCGGAUCCCUUGUGAAUCCACCAGAGGUCCUGCCGGGUGGGAGCAGGAAGGAGAAAAGAAAAGCAAGUGAAAAUGAGCACCUUGCCUCUCGAACAGCCUGGGUGCUUCUGGAUCCCCGGUUUUGCAUUGCCGAGGCACACCCCAGGAACACGAGGGUAAACCGAGGAACCACACGAGGCUCAGGAGCAGCGAGGACAGUCACUGUUGAACAGGUGACAGAGCCUGGGCAUCGUGGUGGGUGGUCCCCUCACCUUCGGGUUAGAUGGAAAAGCCACUUGGGUCACGUCCAAAUAUCCAGUGUGUGGAGGGGACACGGGUCUUCAGAAGUUGCUGUGAACCAAAGGACAGGCGGUGCUAGUCCCUCUGCCAGCGUCCCCACUGCUCAGCUCUGCCUUGAGGGUCGCAUCCUCUGCAGCCAGCUGGGUGCGCCUGCUCUGGGCAAAGCACUACUUCCUAGCCACUCCCUCAGGGCAUAAAAGUUGCUGUGUAGUGAGGCGGAACCAAGCUGCUUCCACUCCCACAUGGAACCAAUCUCAGAGCCCACCGCAGCCCAACAGGGAGCCUGCUCGUGUGGGCCCCAGAUGGUGAUGCUGCCAUUGAAGCGGCCCCCAGAGCCAGCUGUGAGGAAGAGCGAGAUUGCUGCAGAGCAGCGGGGCAGAUGCCACCCGGGCAUAGCCUCCUGUGCUCAGGCCACAGCGGUCUGGCCGCUAGGGAGAUGGACCUGUGUCGUGGGCAUAUUAGGGUAAGCCUGGUUUUAUGUGAAGUCAGCAGUGAGACACUCCUACCAGAACCGGCCUGAGCCACUGAUUCAUGGGGAAAGUGGGGGAGAAUCUAGCCAUUUUGUGAUGCUGAAAAUCUAUAUUUGUCCUCUGAUGUCCUUUUUCUGAAGCAGCCUCAGCUGCACUCCCUUUGUAGUUCACUAGUUAACAGAUGACUCUUCUUAAUAUAAUAAAAUGUUUGUCAUGUAUGACUCUGG